GGGCGGGAGCAGCUGAAGGUCCGCUCGGGAGCCGGGGCUGUCCUCUCGCGCGCGGCGCUGGCCGGGGCGGCGGCGGCGAAGGAGGAGGAAGGCGGCGGUGGCGGCGGCGAAAGCAGAGGGGAGGACGGGGGCGGCGUCGGACUGGAGCCGAUCGGCGGCGCUAAGUGCCCGGGGCGCUGUCGUGCGCUCGCCCGCCGGGCCCCCACCCCCGAGCUACACCCUGCGGUGCCCAGCUCUGCCCGCAUCCGUGCCCCCGCGGGGAGCGCGCCGGGGCUGCCCCCCGAAUGACGGGCGGAAGGUUCGACUUCGACGAUGGCGGCACCUACUGCGGCGGCUGGGAGGAGGGCAAGGCGCACGGGCAUGGCAUCUGCACGGGGCCCAAGGGCCAGGGCGAGUACUCGGGCUCCUGGUCGCACGGCUUCGAGGUGGUCGGAGGCUACACCUGGCCCAGCGGCAACACCUACCAGGGCUACUGGGCGCAGGGCAAGCGGCACGGGCUGGGGGUGGAGACGAAGGGCAAGUGGAUGUACCGAGGGGAGUGGUCACAUGGUUUCAAGGGGCGCUACGGGGUCCGGCAGAGCCUGUGCACCCCUGCCCGCUACGAGGGUACCUGGAGUAACGGGCUGCAGGACGGGUACGGCGUGGAGACCUACGGGGAUGGAGGUACCUACCAGGGCCAGUGGGCCGGCGGCAUGCGGCACGGCUACGGCGUGCGCCAGAGCGUGCCCUAUGGCAUGGCCACGGUGAUCCGCUCGCCCCUGCGCACCUCGCUGGCCUCGCUGCGCAGCGAGCAGAGCAACGGCAGUGUGCUCCACGACGCGGCGGCGGCCGCCGACAGCCCCGCGGGCACGCGUGGCGGCUUCGUGCUCAACUUCCAAGCCGACGCUGAGCUCGCGGGCAAGAAGAAGGGCGGCCUCUUCCGCCGGGGCUCCCUCCUGGGAAGCAUGAAAAUCCGCAAGUCCGAAUCCAAGUCUUCCAUCUCCAGCAAGCGCAGCUCCGUCCGCAGCGACGCGGCCAUGAGCAGAAUUAGCUCCAGCGACGCCAACUCCACCAUCAGCUUCGGCGACGUCGACUGUGAUUUUUGCCCCGUGGAGGACCACGUGGACGCCACCACCACGGAAACCUACAUGGGCGAGUGGAAGAAUGACAAGCGCAACGGUUUCGGCAUCAGCGAGCGCUCCAACGGCAUGAAGUACGAAGGCGAGUGGGCAAACAACAAGAGGCAUGGGUACGGCUGCACCGUGUUUCCCGACGGCUCGAAAGAAGAGGGAAAAUACAAAAAUAAUAUUCUGGUCCGUGGAAUAAGGAAGCAACUGAUACCAAUAAGAAACACAAAAACUAGGGAGAAGGUGGACAGAGCAAUCGAAGGCGCACAGAGGGCAGCUGCCAUGGCGAGAACCAAAGUGGAAAUAGCCAAUUCGAGGACCGCGCACGCCAGAGCGAAAGCUGACGCCGCGGACCAGGCUGCGCUGGCUGCCCGCCAGGAGAGCGACAUCGCGAGAGCUGUGGCCAGGGAGCUGUCGCCGGACUUCUACCAACCAGGCCCAGAUUAUAUCAAACAGAGAUUUCAGGAAGGUGUAGAUGCUAAAGAAAAUCCAGAAGAAAAGGUACCAGAGAAGCCUCCUACACCAAAGGAAUCUCCUCAUUUUUAUCGCAAAGGCACCACACCCCCAGGGUCUCCUGAGGCAAGUCCCAAACAAAGCCACUCUCCCGAGCCUUCCCCAAAGCCUCUGAGGAAGCAGAACCCCAGCUCAGGGGCCAGACUCAACCGAGACAAAAGGAGUGUGGCUGAUGAGCAGGUGACAGCCACCGUCAACAAGCCCUUGCUGUCCAAAGCUCCCUCGAAGGAGGUGGGAGCACCCCAGUCCAAGUACUCUGGCCGCCACCACGUCCCCAACCCCAGUAACGGGGAGCUGCACUCGCAGUACCACGGCUACUACGUGAAACUGAACGCCUCCAAGCACCGUCCGCAAGACAGGGAGGAAGACGAAGGCUCCAGCCAAUCCUCCUCCGCACUGGUGCACAAGCCGUCACCCAACAAGUGGAGUGCCCCUAAAUCUGGGACAAAACCAGUUGCCAAAGAAAGCAAAGCUGAGCCAAAAGCUAAGAAGUCCGAACUUGCUAUACCAAAGAAUCCAGCAAGCCACGAUUCGUGCCCUUCUUUGGAAAAAGAAGCCAAUUCAGGCCCUAACUCAGUCAUGAUUGUUCUUGUCAUGCUGUUGAAUAUCGGGUUGGCCAUCCUUUUUGUUCACUUUCUAACUUGAUUGGAAUUAGGAAAGUGAAGUCAUGACAACUAGUGGUAUUAGCCCACAGUUCUCUGCAGUGGUGCAGUGGUGCAGUGGUGUCAUCAGCCUUUUAAAUGGCACACCCCAAUCAGACUCAGACACAGGGAAGGAGGCUUGGAAUUAGGAUGGGAUCGCAAGAGAGAUGAAACUUGGAAAAUACAGCCAGAGGACCUGUUCGGUUCCCCUGGGAGUGCUUGGUGGCAUUGGGGUCCUCUGGGAGCUGAAGCAAGCAGCCAUGACGGAGAGCAAAACUUAAUAAUCAUUCUCUUUUAAAAUCUGCUGAAGCAGCCCCAUCCGGCAAAGUCCUUGGCAUUGGUUACUCCAUCUGUCCUAGCAGAGUGUGACUAAACUGGAAAUGUAUGGAGCUGCAUUUUUUUUUUUUUUGAUGGAAGUCAACAGCUGCCUUACUAUUUUACCAUCUGACGUUUUUAGUAGGGAGCUGGGGAAACAAACGACGGCCUGAGGAAUGCAGCCGGAGCAGAGGAAUGCAUUGCUGCGGCCGUGCUUCCAGCAUUCACUCCUGUCUCAUUAGAAGAAAUAGGUUCAGCAUCACUCACUCACCAGUCUUAUGCCAUGACCUGCUGCUUUAACAUCUCCCGGAAUGUUCUGGGAGAGAACCUUUUGUUUGCUUGUGCACGACUGUGUUCCUUUUUUGCCGUUUAUUGAAAUGCGAUGUAUAGUCACCUUCGACGUGCGUUCCGGGCCGGAGGAAACACACGUGUCGCAUCUCAAGGAAAAGAAACAACAAAAUUCUAGAGAAAAAAAUGUGUUGAUUUUGAGAGCAAUACAUCAUUUUUCAUGUCGUUUAGUCUUCCGAAACAUUUUGUAACAGGCUAUUUAUCUUUAAAAUUGAGCGAUUUGAAAGCAUUAUACAGUCCUAAGAAGUCAUUUAAUUUUAAAUAUUUUUAACAUUACUAAGAUGAAUUAUUUAUGCACUUAGGAGGUGCUAAAUAUGAAAAGCUGAAAGACAACCGAAUUCUAUGAAGUAGAGUCAAAAUGUUGCAUGGAUUGCAGUAAUCGGUGUCCAACGGAUUCAGUUUCAUUGCUGACGUACUUUACAACCAAAUAAAAUCUUGUCAGUGCUAUGUUAAUUCCCCUGAAAGUUAAGCAAGAUGCUAUUAAUAACUGCUCUUCUCUUUCUUUUUUUUUCCAACUUAAAAUUUUCGUUGAAUACAUUCAGGUAGAGCUUUGUGAAAUGACUGCUUUGUGUUUUUUCAGUCCUUUUGUAAUUUUAUUUCACGUUUUAAAGGCUUAGACAUUUCUGUUUAAAUACUUGUCUUUUGCAGUCCUUUGUUAUUCUGACAUACUCUGAUUUUUUUCCCCCUGUUUUCUAAUGUAUCCUUUAUUACUCAGAAGCAUGCUUACUUCGAGAAACUACAUGGUCUUUCUAAAAGUAAUUAUUUAAAAAGAAAUCGGGGAGGAAAGGUUUCGGUUAAAUCUCUAUGAAACAUUACAUUGUGGAGAGGGAGCUAUUCCUAAAUACUUUCAUGACCUACACGACUUAAUCAGAUUCUUUUUACCUUACUUGCUACCUUUUCACUGCAGAAGAGAUGGUCAGGUGUUAGCACAGGUGUGGGCUGAAUGUCAGAGCCCGGUGGCAUUUUCUGCAGAAGUACAAUACGUUAAGACUCCUGGGUGUGACCAAUGUGGAAUAAAGAAGAAAGCAGAAAGAGAGCACAUGAAAAUUACAACUUGUAUAUUUAUUUAUUUUUUACAUUUUGCUUUGACUUUUAAAUUUAGGAAGUACGUUUUUACCUAAGAAACGUUGAAGUUCCUGUGUCAGUCUCAAUACUCACUUCUCCUUCCUGACCCCAUAGCUCUUGAUGCUGGAAAGCUGAUUUUUUUUUUUAAAUAUUUAAUCUUAAGUGUUUAUUUAAAAUGUGUAAUGCUUUGGAAUAAUGGGUAACAGAUAACUAAAGGAUAUGUUUAUACAGUGAGCAUGUUGGUUCCAUUUAUAAAUAUAUGUAUGAUUUAUAAGCUUUUUUAAAACAAAGCUCAAAUUGUUGGUAUUUUUCUAAAAUGUGCACAGCUGUAUUUUACAUGAAAGGCUCUUUCUAAUGGGUUGUUAUACUGUACUCUACAUUUUGGACAGCACAUGAGGUCUGCCGAUGUCCUUAAUAAAACAUGACUUUAUUUAAAGUUUCUUGCUGUGAAAAAGAACUCCCUACCCAUGAGUUCCUUUAUUUAUAAUCCUUGAAACCAAAAUGUAUAAUGUACAGUUUUCACAACUGUAUCUGCUCUAAUAAUAAAAAGUUGGUUAUU